CACCAUACUGUUGCACACGUUUGGACGUCGCCCAUUUCCCUCUCAGCCACCAAAAUCGACACCAAAGAUAGGCCUAACUGUAAGGAACUCUCCACGCUGUGCUGUGCGGCGCUUUUUUUCUCUGUGGAGGCGACAUGCCGCGGCGCUUCAUCGAUGUGGAUUGGAACAAACAACAUCUCAGUGCGGUCGAGUGGGAGCAGCGGCACGAGCGACGCUUGCUCCAGCGGCUGAGCGAUUAUCACAGGAGUGUGGAACGUCGUCCCUGGGUUGCGCUGGGCAGCAAGGCAGAUGCUGAUUUGGCCACCAGGUUAAAGUCAGCCAGUAGUGCAGCUGCGGCGCCGAGCAGAUCCAAGAGCGAAGCUGACGUGGGAGGGCCCAAGACUCCGUCCACCUCGUUGUCCACCCUGUGGCGCCGUGCCUUACAGCCGGAGAGUCGCACGAGUCCGUCGCCCUCGCGCCUCAGCUCCGGCGCCUCCGAGCGCGCCCUGCAGCGGCUCCAAGCCAGCGAGGCUUGGCAGAAGGCGUGUGCCAAGCUGGACCAGGAUGAGCUCAUCGAGUUGGUGGGGCAUGUGCACGGGCGGAUCUUAGAUCAGAGACGCCGCAGAAAAGAGGUGGAAGAGCAGCUUCGCGAGGAGGAUCCAGGCCCUGGCGGUGCCGAACACCGGCCCAGGUUGAAAUACCCUGCCACACCAAAGGUGACUUGUGAGCCGAGUUGAAAUCGCUUGGCUCCGUGGAACAUCACAGGAGGGCGAGAUUUCGGCGCAGAUUUGGUGGGAAAAACAUAUCUAAGGCUGAAGCUCCCUCUCUCCCAUUCUCUCUCACUGGAUUUGGACCCUGUGUCCACCAGGUGAAUCUCUCCAACAGUGAUCAGACCAGACCAGUCUAACUUCAGAAGAGUUCAACUGAAUUGGUUUUGCUCAUUUGGGUGCUUGGCAAACACUUUACGUAUAUCACUUUAACGCUCCCAUGCCAAGGUUUGCUUGAAACCAGGGCCAUUGGCAACGAUAUAUCAUAUAUAUAUAUAUAUGUUAUAUGUACGACUAUUUAUAUAUCAUAUAUAUGGUCUCCCCCGC